AGAAAGCUACAAGCCGAAAUUUAAGUGUUGACAAUCAUUCGAAUUUCUUAAAUGUGUGUCUGCCAAUUUUAAAGUUUCAUUUUCUGUAAUUUUUCCUGUUCCAUUAAGCAAAUAUCCCUAAGAAAAUGUUCCAAACAUUCGGAAUUUUUGUUACCAUAAGCCUGAUGGUUUAAUCUUUUUGCUGUCUUAAACUAUAAAAAUAGAUUUUUCCCAAUCACAUAUUUUAUGUUAUGCAAAACAUAGUAACAUGCACAUAUGAGGCAAAAUUGAUUCAAACUCAAACAAAGCUGUUAAGACUGUGGCAUUUGGAACCAGGAAAGUCACAAGAAAAGAUUUCAGAAGAUGCUUUUAAUGAUUAUUUGGAGCAAAAAUACAUUGAAUUAUUUGAAACCAAUAACCAAAAGCUGCAGAAAAAUUGGAAGAUACAUACCAGUGUCCGUAAAAUUUAUGAUAAAGAAUCAAAAACUUACAUCUUUUCAUUGCAUGGUUCAUCACCUGUUCCUGUUAUGUUCUUACCAAAAGAAAAGAAAGACCACUUGUGUAUUUGCCUGCCCUUUGUUGUUUUCCAAAUAUGCUCAGGAUUGAAUGGGUUCAUUUCUAUUGAUUUUUAUGUGACAUCAUCAAAAAAUGUUAGAAGGCGCAUAACAGUCUCUAGUAAACAAAAAACUGAGUCCAUAACAACCUUAUCUGCUCAAUUGCCUCUGCCUGUUGAAAAGGAAGUUAAAUGGUUACACCUCCUAAUUGAUCUGGAGAAUAUAGUGUCAGCUGCGUGGAAAAAUGAUGCAUUUUCAUCUAUUAAUUGUUUACGCAUCGGUGGAUCAUGCAAACUAAAGCGAAUAUUUUCUUUGAGAAGAGACAUGAUAAACAAGAUUUCAGGGCCAAAUAUGAUUUUCUACAGCCGUUUACCACGGCACUUGUUCUUUAGUGAAAAAAUUCCUCAGAGCUAUCUAUAUGUUUCUAUUUGUAACAGUAAUAAUGAUGUUUGCAAAGAUGAAGUUGAAAAAUACAAUGACAGUUGUUCUAUAAGAAGUGCGACAUCUUCUGUUUCAUCGUUUAAGAGUCAUUCCUCCAAGAGCACACCAUCAUACCCAGAAUUGUCAGCGAAAUCAUCCAUGUUCAUGCCAAAAGAAACAGUCAAGAUUAAUCAAAACAUGAUAGCCGAUAAUUAUUUUGCUGCAGAAAUUGAAUCAGAGAAGGAGAUUUCUGGAAAUCAUAGAUUUGCUGCAGAAAAUAACAGCCUUGCAUUGCCUUCACUUCUUUCAAAAUUAUCCUUUCUGGAACAUAUAUCUGAUUCAAAUAAAGAUGAAAUUCCUUAUAUUUAAUAAAAAUGAACUCAAUAUGCAAAUUUGAAAGAAAAUUCAGAAUGUGUUAUAAUAGGAAAACUGUUAGGAAAAGUAUUUUUAUGAGUAACGCUGAGUACCAGUUCAAAGCGUUAUAGUGAUUAUACUUUCGGAAAUUAUUUGAUUUUUUUUAAAUUUUAUUAUUCUAGUCACAAGUUCUUGAUUAAAUUUUUUUGAAUCUAC